AAUUUUUUCCUCAAGCAAAAUUUUCUUGUAAUAACAUUAUUAUAUAUUGUUUAAAUCAUUAUUCCUCAUGAAAAGAAAAACAUAAAUUAAAAUUAAUUGUCAAUCAUGUCUUCAUCAAUUCUUUAUGGUUUUCGUAAAACAAGCGAUUCAUAUACGGUGAAUAAAGUAACAUCAUCUUCACCAUCAUCGAAAACAUCAUCAAAUUCUAAAGUGAUGAUAUCGGAUAUGGAAAAUAAUGAUUAUGAUGACAAUAAUCAAAUGAAACAUCGAUCAUCAAUGAUGAUGAUUAAAACAAUUGAUGUUGAACCAUCAUCGAUAAGACAUCCAAACAUUCAUCAUCAUCAUUUGCAUGUAAAACAAUCGAAUAUUGAUGAUGAUCUUAACAAUAAACGACAAUUAUUAUCAUCAUCAUUGUCAACCACUUAUGCAUCAUCUACAUCAAAUUAUUCAUCAUCAUCACCAUUAUCAUCGUCGUCGUCGGAUUCAUCAUCAUCUACUUGUGAAGAUUUUUCCAAUCGUCAAGAUGAUAGUGACCGUGAUGAUAUUGAAAAUCAAACAAUGAAUAAUAAUAAUAAUUUGAAUAAACAAUAUCAAACCAAGUUUACGGUUCCACAACAAAAACCAAAACAAUCUCCUGAUGAAAUCAUUGGCGAUAAAAUUAUUGAAAAAACAAAAAUCCUUCAUGAUAACCAUAAUAAUAAAUCAGUUAUGAGAAAAGAAAAGCUAUCAUCAUCAUCAUCAUCAUCUCCCAAAUCAGCAUCAAUUGGUUUAACAAUAUCAUCGUCAAAAAAUAAUUCAGCCUUCGAACCGGACGAUGAUAUUGAGCAAUUGAAAAAUGAUCAAUCCAAUAUCAAACAGAAUCGUUUGAAAAAUCCUAUCCAUAUUGGAGCAUUAUCAUCAUCAUCAAAGACUCCAUUUUCACAACCAAAAACAGAUAAUUGUUUUGUUAGCCUUUAUGUUAACAAUAAACGUUGUUUAGUCAUGUAUAAUCGAGAAUAUUUGGCUUUUGAACCUGAACUAAUGUCGAAAAAAUUGGAUAACCAAACAUCGACAACAUUAGGCAAUAAUAAUGAACGUGUGACCAUAAAAUUGUCCGAUAUGAUGGCCGUUUGGAUAUGUUCAUGUCCUAUACGUUAUCGUCGAAAUAGCCAUCGUCAAUCAUCAAUACAAUUAUGUAGUUGUAUUGAAAAUGAACUUAAAUUACAAAAACAAUCAUCAUCAACAUCGACAGGAAUAUUGCCAUCAUCAAUGGUAACAGGAAAUCAUCAUUCAAUGAUAAAUCCUUCUAAAAAACAGCCUCCAUUUAUGGUACGUGUAUAUUAUGCUGUUUAUGAUUUACCGUCACGCAAUAAAAAUGGUGGAUUCCGUUUAGAGCUAUUGACACUUAGUUCGCAUGAUGAUGAUCAACAUCGUCCAUUAUCAUCAAAUACAAAUGAUAAUGAUGAUGAUGAUGAUAUCGCUGUUCAUCAUGAAACAAGAUUAUUGACAGAAAUUGCCUAUUCAAUUCGUUCAACAUUAGAAACAUUUGAUCGACCAAAACGUUUAUUAUUGUUUAUCAAUCCAUUUGGUGGAAAUAAAAAAGGAAUAGAAAUAUUUGAUAAUAAAGUUAAACCAAUUUUGGAUAUAUCACGUAUCAAUUCAAAUGUUAUAAUAACUGAACAUGCUGAUCAGGCUAAAGAUAUUUUAUUAAAUGAAAUAACUGAUUUGAAUGAAUAUGAUGGUAUUAUCUGUAUCGGUGGUGAUGGUAUGUUUGGCGAAGUAUUAAAUGGUGUUCUUAUUCGUACACAAAUAGAAAAUCAGAUCAAUUAUGAGAAUAUUGAUGCAAUGUUAAAAAAACCUACACUUAAAUUGGGAAUUAUACCAGCUGGUUCGACUGAUGCCGUUGUUUAUGCAACAUGUGGCCACAAAGAUCCUAUUCAUUCAAUUAUAUCAAUUGUUUUGGGUCGUACAAUCAGUAUUGAUGUUGGUGCUGUUCAUAAUCGUGAUGAAGAACAAUUAAUUCGUUAUACGGCUUCAUUUAUGGGAUAUGGAUUUUUUGGUGAUACUAUUCAAGAAUCUGAACGAAUCCGUUGGAUGGGACCAAAACGUUAUGAUUGGGCUGGCGUGAAAAAAUUCUUUAAACAUCGUCUUUAUAGUGGUGAAAUAAAAAUCUGUUUAGAACCGAAUGAUGGUUCACCAAAAGAUUAUAAUCCAUGUGGUAUUAAUUGUUCAACAUGUCAACAAGCUGGAAUUAAAUCUAGAGCAACGUUAAGUGCUGAUGAUUCACCCGCUUGUAUAUCGAUACGUGGACGAUUUUUAGCAAUCAAUUCGGCUAUAGUAUCAGGUCGUUGUCAUAUGAGCAAAUAUGGUAUGUCACCAAUGGCACACGUUGGAAAUGGAUGUGCCGAUUUGAUACUUGUAUCUAAAUGUUCAAGAUUUCAAUAUCUAAAAUAUUUGUUCAGUGUAGCCUUUCAUACUAAAAGUCCUUUUGAAUUUAAUUUCAUAGAUUCAUAUCGUGUUCGAGAAUUUGAAUUUAAUCCAAUUGUUGAACCAACACAUAAACGAAAAGGAUAUAUGUUUGAAAAAUCUGUUGAUUGUGAUUUUUUCGAUACAUUCGAAGAUGAAUAUGGUAAUGAAUCCAAUAUUAAUAAUGAUAUGGAUGUUAAUCGUGUUACAAAAAAAUCAUCCAAAAUUCAACGACAAAAACAAUCGAAUAAUAAAAAACGUUGUGUAUUAAGUUCAAGCGUAUGGAAUUGUGAUGGAGAAAUUGUUAAUGAUCCUGCUAUACAUGUAAAGAUUCAUUGUCAAUUGAUUGAACUAUAUGCACCGGGAUUCGAUGUUGGCCGAUUAUUGGCCAAUGGUAAUAUUCGACAGUAAUACUUUAUGGUUUUUUGCCAUGGAAACAAAAAACAAAACAAAACAAAUUCGAUCAAUCGGCAAAUGAACAAAUUUUUGUACACACAAAUACAAAUAUAAUUUCA